CAUUUUGAACUUACGAUUUAAACCAACGAAUUCCAAAACCGCUAAGUUAGACCAGCGGUGCUGUUGGUUGUACUUUAGGUACCGUGACCUGACCGAGAUACUCUGGGAGAAAUGGGCGGGACGAGCAUGGAAAUUCACCGGCUGCUGUGCUGCGUCAUCGCGAUCACCUGCGUCUGGCUGGUCAAUGCCGAGCAAGGCUGUCCGAAAGCAGGCUACGUUUCUUUUAGCGGAAAUUGUUUCAAGCUCUUUGCCGAGUCGCAGACCUACAGCGAGGCCAAGCAGACGUGCGCCGCGGACAGGGCGGUGUUAGCCAUGCCGAAAGACAGCGCGACCAACUCUUUCCUCGCCGGUAUGGGAACUGCUGUACGGUGGAUUGGGAUUUCGGACGCCCAGAUGGAGGGCCAGUGGGUAUUUGCGGACGGCAAAAACCUGCAGUCAGCUGACUAUUCCAACUGGGUUCCAGGUCAACCAGACAAUGAUGGAUCUGGAGAAGACUGUGGCGCAAUUAGGAGUGACGGACUGUGGGGGGAUGUCCCAUGUCAAGACUCCAGGCCAUUCCUCUGCCAACUAACACCAGCGUGUCGGAUAUCAGACUCCUACGUUAACGUCAGGGGAACCUGCUACAAGUACUUUGCUGAGCUAAAGACGUACGAUGAAGCCCAACAGACGUGUGCCGCGGACGGGGCGGUGUUAGCCAUGCCGAAAGACAGCGCGACCAACUCUUUUCUUGCCGGUAUGGGAACUGCUGGACGGUGGAUUGGGAUUGCUGAAGCCCAAAAGGAGGGUCAGUGGGUAUUUGUGGACGGCCAAGCCCCGCAGUCAGCCGUCUAUUCUAACUGGAGACCAGGUCAACCCGACAAUUAUAAUGGACAAGACUGUGGCGUAAUUUGGAGUGACGGAACGUGGAAUGAUGGUCCAUGUCACGACUCCAAGCCAUUCCUCUGUCAAUUACAACCAGUUCCCCCAGUAGCUGUUUGGCCCUUGGACGCGAAGUAUGGAGCAUCAGACGCGACAGGAAACGGAAAUGACGGGACAGCAACAGGAACCCAGUUAGCCCCUGGUCCGUACGGAAACGCAGACGGCGCUUUCCUGUUUUCGGGAGCUUCAAAUUCGUACGUCCACAUUCCAAACGAUGGCCAGUUAGAUGUGCAGUACUCCUACACCAUCCUGGCCCACAUAUAUCCUACUGGACAGGCCGGGCCAAUCUUCCGCUACGCUGGGAAUCCCACAGCCGUAGAUUUUUGGCAGGACGCUACAUAUAACCUUGUAAUGUGGCCGAAUGGAAGAGAUGGACAACCUGCACCUACCAUCCAAGCCACUGUGCUAGAACAGAACGCCUGGAACUUCGUGGGUGGAACCUACGACAAUACCACAGGAGUGGGAUCCAUCUGGGAAAACGGCGAACGGGUUGGACAGGCAGAGGUUGGAUUCUCGUCAGUCGCAACCCAAUACGACGUCCGGGUGGCCAAGGCAGACAGUAACAGUCCGAUUUUCAAGGGUCGAAUCGCCUGUCUUCAGCUGUACGACUACGCCUUGACAAGAGACGAGAUUCUAGCAGCACGGUAUAUGUGUAGAGACGAAUGUGCAACAGACAGUGGAGGGUGUGACCAGAUCUGCUCCGACCUCCUGGGAAGUUACAACUGUUCCUGCCGACAGGGCUUCGUGUUGAUGGCAGAUGGCCACGGCUGUGAAGAUAUUAACGAAUGUGCAACAGACAGUGGAGGGUGUGACCAGAUCUGCACCAACUUCCUGGGAAGUUACCACUGUUCCUGCCGACAGGGUUUUGUGUUGAUGGAAGACGGUCAUAAUUGUAAAGUGUGCGGCCACUGCCAGGGCGGGGACCGCCUGUGCCGACAACACCGAGUCCAGCUACUACAAGUGGGCAGACAAGUCGCAUAA